CAAAUAUAUAUAUUGAGUCGCGCGACAUGGCUUUUGUAAAUAUCCCUAAAAGAGUAUAUCUCAGCUAGGAUACCAUUUAAUUUAUAACAAGACGAAUCAAAAUGUCUGGAGGAAAAUCUGGUGGUAAGGCCGCAGUUGCCAAGUCUGCUCAAUCUCGUUCCGCUAAGGCUGGUUUGGCCUUCCCUGUUGGUCGUGUUCACCGUUUGUUGCGUAAGGGUAAUUAUGCUCAACGUGUUGGUGCUGGUGCUCCUGUCUAUUUGGCCGCCGUUUUGGAAUAUUUGGCUGCUGAAAUUCUCGAAUUGGCUGGUAACGCCGCCCGUGACAACAAGAAAACUCGUAUUAUUCCCCGUCAUCUUCAACUUGCCAUUCGUAACGAUGAAGAAUUGAACAAGCUUUUGGGCCAUGUUACGAUUGCUCAAGGUGGUGUUGUUCCUAACAUCAAUGCUCACCUUUUGCCCAAGCAAUCCGGCAAGGCUAACCCUAGCCAAGAACUUUAAAUAAUUUAUCCACAAGGUUUAUUGGUUUGUUUUGUUUGCCUUCUUGGAUGUCUUAUUUUGAUCCAAUUUCCCUCAUGGCUAUUCCAUAGAGGUGUCGUUUUGCAGGGUUUUGCUACGAAGUAUUGAGAAUACCGAAUUCAGACGUAUGUCAUAAACGAAAGAGGUUUAUCUUGUAAAGUUUUCCCGCAAGGUCUGAUAUCGCUUCAUAAUAGCCGCCUGUACAUUAAUGCGUUUACAAAUGUAAGCUCUCUUUGAACCUCUACCUCAGAGAGAAGCAAUCCCUGGAGCAUUUGCAUUGUAAUCUCAACAUUUGUGUAGAAUUUCUUCUAAUGGUUUUUCCUGUUUAUUUUAUAGCCUAUGACCUGGUGAAUGUCUGUCGUCUAGGUGUAAUUUGUUUUCUUGUUUAUUCAUUAAUGAAAAUAUUCAUGCCUAAUUGUUUGGUUUCUGGAAAAUGGAAGUAUGGAAAUUGUUUAUGUAGAUUGGAAAGCAGUAAAUAUUAGUUUAUUGAAAAGUAAUGGAUUCUUUUCUUUAUAUGAAGUUAGUUAAAUAGAUUGAUUUAAAUUAGACAACGGGUAAUAC